CCAGGUAUGUUGACGCUUUAUGUGAAUUGUUGUUGCAACAAUGGACAUCAUUUGCCUCCAUGGAGUGUGGUCAUGAGUUUAUAGUCUCCUUCAUGUGACUUUUUUAAAUGCAAGCUUUAGCCUGUUAACUAUGUGGACUGAGCUGUACUUUCAGCCUUAACAACAACACAACAAGGUCACGUGGCACUUUCGUAACCCCCCCUACACCCAAAAUGGAUAUCGGCAGUUUCUGCUCCAUCUGUGACGUCACAUUCACGUCAGAAACCCACGCGCAGUCGCACUUCACGGGCAAGAAGCACAGGAAAAAAGAAGAUUUCGGUAAACCACGUCAGCCGGGCGGCUCUAGGAGGAACUGCGUUUCUCAAAAACCCAACGGAGAAACGGCCUCGGAGCGGUCCCCGCCGAAGCCCCAAAACGGGUUUGCGCGGGAUGAUCUCGUUGGUUCCCGUUCGUUGUGGCGUCACCAAGAUGGCGACAUCAACACUCGCACGCCGAACGAGUCGGGGCACCUGUACUACUGUAACCCAUGCAUGAAGAAUUUCUCUGGCCCGUCGCCGAUGAAACAACACAUGGCGAGUCCCAGCCAUGACAAGCAAGUGAAAAAAUUGGAAGCAAAGCUCGCCAAAGACAACAACAAUAACAACAACCGGAACGGUCAAAUGAUCCCAUACUGGAAGGACCUGUCCACAACAGGUCAACCCAGACCCCAGGAGUUCGAACGGAGUUCUGAAAGCUCAUCAGAAAGUUCUGGGAAAAUGUCCACACCACCAAAAGGUGACAUCGUGAGGUCAGGUUCUGUAGCAUCUCUUCAAAGUCUUCCGAGGUGCAGCGGAGCGAACGAUUUACGCAGUAUGCUGAUCGGCAUGUGCAUGACGAAACUGAAGGCAGAGCUAGGUCGCAUCAUACCCUCUAUCGCCGAAUCGGUCGUGGACACCGUUUUGGGGACCUUGGUUCGAGAUGAAAAUCUGACCCAGGCUGACGAAACGUCAUCACAGGACCAAGAUGGCAGCCGUCUGAAUCUAGAGGAAACAACUUCGUCCCCAGUUGCAGACAAUAGCGACGAGAACGACCGGAAACUUCAUAAAAGUUCGACGGGAACGUGGGUUGAAAAACAUACACAACCAGCCGACGCAGACGACAUCAGACAAAAUGGCGAGAAACCUGCUACAUGUUCUCCUAUCACUUUUGAAGAAAGUGAACCAACCAAUAAUACAGAAACAGAUGACGUCAGUGACACCAGCGAGCUUUCAAAUCGAGAGACGGUGGUGAGAGUAGUGAGCACCAGUGAAGAUGGUGACGUGUCUAACCUUACUGAACAACAGCGAUGUUACCAGGACAGAAACGGGUUGGGAGGUCAGAGAAAUGUAACCCAGACUACCGCCUCUACAAACCACACAGAAACCAAUGGAGAUGACUAUGUUGAGAUAUACGGUGUGCAGCUGCAAAUGAAGAAGGGCAGGGAUUUCGUAUCAACGGUUCACCAACAGCCAAUCGCUACCGAUCCAGCCUCGGUAGAUGACUCCAUGUUUGACUUGAAGAGCGCCACCAGGGGCGAGAUUGAACCAGGGAGAACCAGUCCGAGAAUCAUACAGUCAAUGACUUCAGAAGGUGGACAUAGUCGCACCGUGGCGUCACCAGAUCUGAUCGACUUUGAGGAAAUGAAAAACGAGAAAAACGCAGUAAUGUUGGACCACCAUCAUGCAAGGAGACCAAUUACAAAUGGUUUACUUUAUCGAUCACAAACUUACCGGUAGCAAAUGCCAGCGGUAGACUGGUACCCUGUCCUUGUGACCCGCAAAGGACAGGUGUAUUGGUUGAUGUUCACACGUUGUGUUUGUAUACACACUUUGGAUUUAACUGCGGAUCUCGAUAACCAUGAUUAAAGCCAUGUGAAAUGGUGUGAGGUCAAAGGUGACAAUGUAUGUUGGCUUAACGGCAGAUCUCUGGCGUUCACAGAGCCUCAAAGUGACGUCAGAUGUUCAGGCUGAGUUAACCAUAAAAGGACUUAACUUGUUGUCUUCGGAUUCAGCGUUUUGGAAAAAAAAAAAAACGUUUGUUAAAAUGAAUGGUUGGAAAGAUGUUUUAGUUGUAUCAUUUAAUGUUGUAGACUUUAAUAAUCCCUUGCAGUCAUAUAUUUGGAGGGAUGUAAAAGUUAAUCCAGAGGGGUUGGGAAUAGGGACCGAUCCAUUUUUUUAUUUAAAAAUAAUUAUUUUAGAUUUUAAUUUUAAAGGCCUGAUAUUUAUUUUUAAAUCAUAAAAUGGAUCGGUCCCUAACAACAAUCAUUUUAAUUAACUUUGAAAACCUCUCAUUCAGAGUAUAAUGUGUGGUUUUCCCUUUGCUUUGUGAACUAACACGGUCCGCCAUUUCGAAGAGCCAAAUCACAAAAUAACUGACCAUGCCAAACCACAAAGUAAAAGGAAAUCCAAAACUGAACGGACAUUUUUCGUGUGAUUAAUUGUGUACUUUUAAAAUAUCUUACAACCAUGUUCAUAACAAACGUUUUUGAGCCAAAAGUGCACUCCGAAAACAAUGCGAACCUUUAAAUACUUGACGUUCUUACGGAAGAAAUGUUGUUUUUAAUAUUAGUUAAUACAACCAUAAGCAUGUAAUUAAAUGAAGAGGACAAAUUGUACAAACAUUUAUGAAUAUUUAACUUCAAAAGAUAUAGCGUUUCUCAAAGGGUCUAUGUACUUUUUUUCUAACACAAAGCGCAAUGUCCACAGAUUAAUACACAAACUUACACAGUUUAAA